GCAACUUUAUAUUACAUCUAAUAAUUACCUUUUUAUAUAUUUUUCUCUUAAAACUCUUAAUAGCAAAGUGAUCAUGGCAAGCACACAUAGUAUUCCAUCUCAUACAAAAGCUUGGGUUUACUCUCAAUAUGGUAUUAUAGAAGAUGUUCUAAAGUUUGAUCCUAAUGUACCUACACCACACCCCAAAGAAGAUCAAGUGCUCAUCAAGGUUGUGGCUGCUGCCCUUAAUCCUGUAGAGAUUAAGAGGGCUCUUGGUCAGUUGAAGGAUAUUGACUCUCCUUUGCCAACUGUGCCAGGAUAUGAUGUUGCUGGUGUUGUGGUUAGUGUGGGAGAGAAAGUGAAUAAAUUUAAGGUUGGAGAUGAAGUUUAUGGUGAUAUCAAUGAGACUGCUUUAAACAAUCCAAAAACUGUUGGUUCUUUGUCAGAGUAUACUGUUGCUGAAGAAAAAGUACUUGCUCACAAGCCAUCAAAUUUGAGUUUUGUUGAAGCUGCUAGUCUCCCUUUAGCAAUAAUUACUGCUUAUCAAGGUCUUGAAAGAGUAGAAUUUUCUUCUGGGAAAUCUCUACUUGUUCUUGGAGGUGCUGGGGGAGUUGGAUCUCUUGUUAUUCAGCUAGCCAAGCAUGUUUUUGAGGCAUCUAGAAUUGCAGCUACUGCUAGCACAACAAAACUUGAAUUUUUGAGGAAAUUGGGAGCAGACUUGGCAAUUGAUUAUACAAAGGAGAAUUAUGAAGAAAUUACUGAAAAGUUUGAUGUGGUGUAUGAUGCAGUAGGUGAUAGUGAGAGGGCAGUGAAGGCUGCCAAUGAAGGAGGAAAAGUUGUGACAAUACUACCACCUGGAACUCCACCAGCUAUCCCUUUCUUACUCACUUCAGAUGGAGCAGUGUUAGAGAAAUUGCAACCUUAUUUGGAAAAUGGCAGAGUGAGGCCAAUAUUGGACCCUAAGAGUCCCUUUCCACCUGGAACUCCAUUAUUCUGUAUAAGUUGGUUUUUUAAAUACAAUUAGUAUACAGUGUACUAUUUUUGUUAGCGGAGGUUUAAAGCUUGAUGAACAAGCUAGGGUUUUUCUUAGGGUUUUGAUUUUAUUGGAUUUGAGAGAAUAGAACGAAUAGGUCAAUGA